CUUGGGCGCGCAGAGCGGCCGCAGCUCCCCCGCACCUGCGGCCAUGGACGAGGAGCGCGCCCUCUACAUCGUCCGGGCCGGCGAGGCGGGGGCUAUCGAGCGGGUCCUGAGGGAUUACAGCGACAAGCAUAGGGCUACUUUCAAAUUUGAAUCCACAGAUGAAGAAAAAAGAAAGAAACUCUGUGAAGGCAUAUUUAAGAUCCUCGUAAAGGACAUCCCAACAACAUGCCAAGUGUCCUGCCUGGAAGUUCUCCGUAUUCUCUCCAGAGACAAAAAGAUUUUAGUUCCUGUAACGACCAAGGAAAAUAUGCAGAUACUGCUGCGACUAGCCAAGCUAAAUGAGUCGGAUGAUUCUUUGGAGAAGGUGUCAGAUUUCCCAGUUAUCGUGGAGUCGUUGAAAUGUCUGUGUAACAUUGUGUUCAACAGUCAGAUGGCACAGCAGCUCAGUCUGGAACUUAACCUUGCUGCAAAGCUCUGUAACCUUUUGAGAAAGUGCAAGGACCGGAAGUAUAUCAGUGACAUUAAGUGCUUUGAUUUGCGCUUGCUCUUCCUCCUGUCACUUUUGCACACCGACAUCAGGUCACAAUUACGCUAUGAGCUCCAGGGACUACCGCUGCUAACCCAGAUCUUGGAAAGUGCCUUUAGCAUCAAGUGGACCGAUGAAUAUGAAUCGGCCAUAGACCAUAAUGGACCUCCUCUCUCACCUCAGGAGACAGACUGUGCCAUUGAGGCCCUCAAAGCUCUCUUCAAUGUGACAGUAGACAGUUGGAAGGUCCAUAAAGAGAGUGAUUCUCAUCAGUUCCGUGUCAUGGCAGCUGUCCUUCGCCAUUGUUUACUAAUCGUAGGUCCAACUGAAGACAAAACAGAAGAGCUGCACAGUAAUGCAGUCAACCUUUUAAGCAACGUUCCGGUCUCUUGUUUGGAUGUUCUCAUUUGUCCAUUAACCCACGAUGAAACAGCCCAGGAGGCAACGACGCUAGAUGAACCACCCAAUGAUGAAACAGCUGAGAAAGAAACCAUUUUGGAAAAUAAUACCAUGACAUACAAUGGUAUGAAUAUGGAAGCCAUUCAUGUUUUACUCAAUUUUAUGGAGAAGAGAAUAGACAAGGGAAGCAGCUAUAGAGAGGGUCUAACGCCAGUUCUCAGCCUAUUAACAGAAUGUUCCCGAGCUCAUCGAAACAUCAGAAAAUUUCUCAAAGAUCAGGUUUUACCACCAUUGAGGGAUGUGACAAAUCGACCUGAAGUUGGUUCAACGGUGAGAAAUAAACUGGUGCGCCUCAUGACACAUGUUGACCUUGGAGUCAAGCAAAUUGCUGCUGAAUUCCUUUUUGUCCUUUGCAAAGAGAGAGUGGAUAGCCUGCUGAAAUACACUGGCUAUGGGAAUGCUGCAGGACUGUUGGCGGCCAGGGGCCUCUUGACUGGAGGAAGAGGAGACAAUUGGUACUCAGAGGACGAGGACACAGACACUGAAGAAUACAAAAAUGCAAAACCAAACAUUAAUCUUAUCACUGGUCAUUUAGAGGAACCAAUGCCAAACCCUAUAGAUGAAAUGACAGAAGAACAAAAAGAAUAUGAAGCCAUGAAACUUGUCAACAUGCUUGAUAAACUUUCCAGAGAGGAGUUGCUUAAACCAAUGGGGCUAAAACCUGACGGGACAAUAACGCCUUUGGAGGAAGCCCUCACCCAGUACUCCAUCAUCGAAGAGGCCAGCUCCGACACAGACUGAGUGCGCCCUCGGCUCAGCGCGCACUGUUGCUUUUAUCGGCAUCUUGUCUCUGUAGCUCCAGAGGAAGCUUCUCUCUCAAACAUUUAUGCCCUUGCUUUGGCUAGAAACACAUUAACUGGUCUACUCAUUGAGAAUCCAGCGUAUUUAAGGGGUGAUCCUGUGUUUUUUGCAAUGUUGAGGCAUUCCUGCAGAACUGCAGUUAGAUGGAGUUACCGGGGCUAUAGAAGCAGGGGGAAAGAAGUACUCCCAUUUCAUCAGCAUGGACCUGGAGGGCUCCUUUCUAUUAAGCUGCCCUGGUUGAAUCUGGCGAUGCUGUUUGCCGGGAUUCUUAGCUGAAGACUGAGCUGUGUCCUCUUCUCGUUGGCGUGAGCUGCCCCUCCUGAGUCUUGCCAGCAGACGAGGCACGUGAGAGCAGACGGGCUGUAGAGAAGGGCCGACGGCGCGGGCACUCAGGGCAGGUCUCACGGAACGGAAGUCCCAGCAGCUGCUCCAGGGACCGCGCACCACUCUUCACUUCAUUUGUUUUGUGUAAAUGUCGCGAAGUACACCACACACACACACACACACACACAGCCCCAACCAGGCAAACUGAGUACAUAUUCUGCAAGUUUGUCACUUCUGACAACUGCAGAAUCCUUCUUUCCCAAUGAAGAGUUGUAAAUGAUGGUUUAGUUCCCAGGCAGCUACAAAUGCCUAUUUAUUCCCUGAUGUACCUGAACACUAGUUCCAUAGAACUGAACCACCAUCUGAAUCAGCACAUGGGUGGGGAGGGGAGCCUGCAUUCUGAGGUCUAACUCAGGGUGCCAGGCGCACACCCAGCUGUGGAAGGAGGGGCUGGGCUGCCUAAGCAAUGGGGGUCCUUUCAUGGCCUCUGCUGGGAGUGGGAGGCUGCAGCUCCCCCUGUGUACAUAUAGGUCAUUCAUCCGUCACAUGUUUUAAAUUUGGGGGCUAUGGUUUGUGUGUGUGUGUGUGUGUGUGUACGUGCUACCUUUCUACUCUGUGUGAUCAGUUUAACAGUAACUUUAUUUAUUUAAAAACCAGAAACACAAGUAGUUGCUGUUAAACUGAUAAAGGUUGUUGUUUAUUUUUACUUUUAGAACUGGGCAUAUGAAGACGUAGAAGAUGAAUCGCACUAGACAGUGGGCCUAGGUGAUGAGUGGCUCAAGUUGGAGAGGGUUGGUUCCCAUAUAUAUACAUAUAUAUAUGUAUGUAUGUACAUCCAUAGCCACAUACAUACAUAUAUAGAUAGAUAGAAAAUGUGCUUAACCACUGCCUUUGAAAACUUUAAAUUAAAUAAAACCUUGGGGUUGAUUCAAUUUAGCCAUCUGUUGUGUGUUUCUUUAUAGCUACUGGGACGGAUGAUACUGUGUCACAGUCCGUUGGAAAGGCUUUCCCCACACUAUCUCACUUCUCACUAGCCGUCCCAAGUGCAGGCAAAGGACAGGCAGUGCUCAGAGGCUGGGCCUGGCCCAGAAAUCACUUCUCAGACAGAGCGUCCGUCACCUGGAGAGCUGAGCUGCCUGACGAGAGGCGCACUUUCUUGGCCGCUUGCUCAGAGGCAAGAUCUGGAGUUUCCCUCUUCAUGAGAUUUGCCUCUGUUGGAACCCAUUUCAUGACCAGGGUUCUCAGCCCAGCAAAGAGGGCGGGGAGCUGCUAGGGGGAAGGCAGGCUUAGCAAGGGCACCAGGAAACGCCGGGGAGGGCAGAACACAAUUCAAGGUCCAGCAAACCAGGCCAGAUCUAUUUACCAAAGGACAUUAGUUGCCCAGAAAACCCCUCUGCACCACAGGGUGGCCACAGACAGAUUCCUGGGCUGUGACCCUGGGCGCCUUGAAGAGGAGACAGUAGGUGUGAGGAUGUUUCGCCAACUCAGCGGUUGGUGUGGAGGUGGUGGGUGACCCAGGCCUUUCCCUACAGCAGAGAAAGAGCUUGGCAACCCAUCAUUGUAGAUUAAGUGAAAUGCUGGGGGGCGUGGGGGAUAAUUUCUGUAUUUUUGUUAUUUCAUUCAAAAAUGCAUUUUUAACGUAUUUUUAUAAUUUCUACAAUCAAAUAGUUUUGGCACGCAUGUCAGCCAACCUCCGUGAAGACCUGUUUCGUGGAGUGACCCUUGUAAGGCUUUCUGUAGUGUGAGUGUUUGAAUUGUCUUGUUUGCAUAGCUGUGCCGCCCUGCUCUCCCUGAAUCUGGCUGCUGUGUGACUUGCCCCGUGCUGUGCCAGCCCAGACUUGUUCUGGUGUGUGAGCUCUCCCAAACCGACUUCCUGGGCGGCCCGGAGCAAGGGCUGACCUCACUGGAAUGCUUGCUGUGUGCUGGGCUUUCUGUGUCCAUUUGCUUGUGUAACCCUCCCUCAUCACAUCACAUCACAUUAGAGAUCAUCUCGAGGAAGUCCAAAUCUGUGGGUGACAGCAAACAGCUCCUCACCUCCCUCUUCACCACACUGCCCAAUGGGCCCACACUGCCUCUGUACCACUUUGGAAUGCUGGGAGCCCAUCCCUUGGGAGCAGAGAGGGGUGAGGGGAGUAGCCAUUCUCAGGCCAUUUUAAGCAAUAACUAUUUUAGCAGAACUGAUUUCAGGAAGGUCACGAGGUUGAAUUGUAAGUGGGCAGCUUGGUCAGGUUCACACUGCACUUCAGGUGAAGACGUGAAAUACUUUUGAACAGAUGAGGAGAGAACUGCAGGUCUGCGCCCCCCACACCCCCCAUCCUGGACAUCAGCCCAAUGCCAGUGGCCUGCAGUGGGGGACCCAGAAGUGCUGGCUACCACAUUGCCUGCCCCACCUCCCCCAGGCACACCCUCCGGGUCUUUGAAGCAGUAUAUGGAGGAGGAUGCCCUAAAAGGAAGAACAGUGGCGAGGCAUAUGUGUCCCCUUCACGCGUCCUGUGGCCCUGGGCACCGGCUGGGUGUAUGCUGUCCUUCCUUAGGGAAUGCAGACAUGGGCAGCAGCGCGGAACAACUGAACAACCCUUCAACCACAUCUGUCCUGCUGCCUGCCUCCCAGUACUAUUGUAUCGCGCCCCCCCCCCCCAUUGUAAAAGUAAUAUAUGUUCAUCAUGGAAAGUUUGGGAAGCGCCGAAAAUAAACGAAGAGUCCCAACCCCACCACCCUGAGAUCAUUACUGUUCAUGUUUUAGUGUAUUUCCUUCCUGUAUUUUUUCUAUGCAUAUAUAAUUUAUUUUACUACAAGAUUGGGAUCAUGCUGUAUUUACAGAUUUGUAUCCUGCUUUCUUUAACAUUGUGAGCAUUUUCCCAUGUCAAUAAAUAUUCUUCAAAAAGCAA